AUGCCGAAAACGGGUGAAUCGUCUGCAUCAAGAGAAGAGAAGAAGAUCGAUACAAACUCGGUGCUCCUCCAGGAAUUAUCGGCAUUACGCUUGGCAGCCGGAAACAUGACUACGCAGCAAAUCCCGACAUCCCUGAAAUUCCACAUCGCAGAUGACUACGACCGCUGGAAGUCCCAAGCCCGGCGAUACCUACGCGUGUGGGAGCUUGCUAAACAACAGUACUUAUUGCUGUCCCUGGUGGACAAAACAGUGUAUGACCAGAUCCACCAGGAAGUUCCCGAAGACGUCACAGACAAAACACUUGACAUGACACGGUUCAUCGUUGUCCCGCCUGAUGCACAGUCGAAGUUCACUGGGCCUAUCUAA